CUCGUCUUUGUGGCUCCAAAGAAUGACACGAAGAUAGAUACCCACAUUUUCUAGGGUUCUUCCAGCAGCUAUGGCGGCAUCGGCGUCGUGUGCCUUGGCGUUCCAUCCGCUUCUACAAGGUACUAGCGCUACUCGCUUGAGACGAUCGGCAUUCACACCGCACAAAUCUCCUCCCCAGCAAUGCAUCGUCAUCGCUCGCGCUUCGCAGUCGAAAUUCCCGGCGGCGACGCUGGCAUCGGUUGUUCUAGCAAUCUCUGGCGCCACUCCCGCCAUGGCCGUGGACGUCCAGCCUCCUCCAGCCCCCCAGGCACAACAAAUCGAGCAGACUCCAGCGGCGGGGUCGCCAUUCUCGCUCAUGGAAGCUCCGCCGGUGGAGGCCCGGAAGAAACUCGAUCUUCCAGAGGGGAACCAGUGGCGAUACAGCGAGUUUUUGAACGCGGUGAAGGGAGGGAAGGUGGAGAGAGUGAGGUUUAGCAGGGAUGGCAGCGUUCUCCAGCUCACCGCCGUGGACGGGCGACGAGCAGCAGUGAUCGUUCCAAACGAUCCCGACCUGGUCGAUAUCCUUGCCAUGAAUGGAGUGGAUAUCUCGGUCUCGGAGGGAGAGUCCGGCAACAAUCUCUUCAACAUCCUCGGCAAUCUCCUCUUUCCACUGCUCGCUUUCGGAGGCUUGUUCUUGCUCUUCCGGAGAGCUCAGGGAGGCCCUGGCGGUCCCGGAGGCCUUGGAGGUCCCAUGGACUUUGGACGAUCGAAAUCCAAGUUCCAAGAGGUUCCAGAGACGGGGGUUACAUUCGCGGACGUUGCUGGAGCCGACCAGGCAAAGCUGGAGCUCCAGGAGGUGGUCGACUUCUUGAAGAACCCGGAGAAGUACACGGCCUUGGGUGCUAAAAUUCCAAAAGGCUGCCUGCUCGUCGGCCCUCCAGGGACUGGGAAAACUUUGCUAGCGAGGGCUGUUGCUGGUGAAGCCGGUGUGCCGUUCUUCUCGUGCGCCGCCUCUGAAUUCGUGGAGCUCUUUGUCGGUGUUGGAGCCUCCCGUGUAAGGGACUUGUUCGAGAAGGCCAAGGGGAAGGCUCCAUGCAUUGUGUUCAUCGACGAGAUUGAUGCCGUCGGCAGGCAGAGAGGUGCUGGCCUGGGUGGUGGAAAUGACGAGCGCGAGCAAACUAUCAACCAGCUGCUCACUGAGAUGGAUGGUUUUUCUGGGAACAGUGGAGUCAUAGUUUUGGCCGCCACGAACAGGCCCGACGUGCUCGACUCUGCUCUCUUGAGACCUGGCCGAUUUGAUCGGCAAGUCACGGUUGACAGACCUGAUGUGGCUGGACGAGUGAGGAUUUUGGAGGUCCAUUCUAAAGGAAAAUCCCUGGGCAAGGAUGUCGACUUUGAGAAGAUCGCAAGAAGAACUCCGGGCUUUACCGGCGCGGACUUGCAAAACCUCAUGAACGAAGCGGCCAUCCUGGCGGCCAGGAGAGAUCUCAAAGAGAUUAGCAAAGAUGAGAUCUCUGAUGCUCUGGAACGAAUCAUCGCUGGACCUGAGAAGAAGAAUGCUGUGGUUUCGGAGGAGAGGAAGAAGCUGGUUGCUUACCACGAGGCUGGCCACGCACUCGUUGGAGCACUGAUGCCCGAGUAUGAUCCAGUCGCGAAAAUUUCCAUCAUCCCCCGGGGUGGAGCCGGAGGUUUGACAUUUUUCGCACCCAGCGAGGAGAGACUUGAGUCAGGUUUAUACAGCCGAAGCUACUUGGAGAACCAGAUGGCGGUGGCUCUUGGGGGAAGAAUCGCGGAGGAGGUGAUCUUCGGCCCCGAGAACGUCACCACCGGAGCUUCAAACGAUUUCCAGCAAGUGUCGCGGGUUGCACGCCAGAUGGUGGAGCGAUUUGGAUUCAGCAACAAGAUUGGCCAGGUCGCUCUCGGUGGCUCUGGCGGAAAUCCUUUCCUCGGCCAACAGCUUUCUCAGCAAUCCGAUUACUCCAUGGCCACCGCUGACGUUGUCGACGCCGAGGUUCGCGAGCUCGUCGAGUCGGCCUACGCUCGAGCCAAGCAUCUCAUCACGACUCACGUUGAGAUCUUGCACAAGCUCGCCAAUCUCUUGAUCGAGAAAGAGACUGUGGAUGGCGAGGAGUUUUUGAGCCUCUUUGUGGAUGGAAACGCGGAGCUUUACUUGGGAUAGAUUCGCAAAUGUAAAGUCAUGAGAACUUAAAUAAAUAAAUAAAAUUAAACCCUUAGGCUAACCGCUAA